AUGGCUGAGCCUGGGAUGGGGUGGCAGGGCUUUGUGGUUCUGGCGGAUGUGAUUCUCACAGAGCUCUCUAUUCUGGGAGGUGAUGAUACGGGAUUGCUGCUGGAGUCCUUAGCAAGGAGAGGGGAAUGUAGAAGAGCUGUUUUCACAAAUGGUAACUUGGCACAGGCAAGAGCCAGAGUGACAGCGGCAUCUAGGUCUUUGCCUCCACAGCUUAGUGCUGGGCGUAUCAAGGUUGACACAAUGGAGGUUAUGCGGCACCCUGAGGAAACAACUAACAUGAAGCGACAAACUAUGGCUUCCUAUUUUAGGUAUUCACUCAUGGAUCUUCUAUCCAAAAUGGUUGUUGGACAACCUCACUUUAUCCGCUGCAUUAAACCUAAUGAUGAUCGAGAAGCACUAACAUUUUCUCAUGAGAGAGUUCUACUGCAGCUACGAUACACUGGAAUUCUGGAAACUGUCAAAAUACGUCAAAAAGGAUAUUCUCAUCGCAUCCUUUUUGAAGAGUUUGUGAAAAGGUAUUACUACCUUGCAUUCAAGGCACAUGAGUCUCCCCUUGGCAGCAGAGAAAACUGUCUGACCAUUUUGGAGAAAGCUAAACUAGAAAACUGGAUUCUUGGAAAAACCAAGGUUUUUCUGAAGUAUUACCAUAUAGAGCAGUUAAAUUUGUUCCUGCGAGAAGUUAUAGGGAGGGUGGUGGUCAUGCAGGCUUAUAUCAAGGGAUGGCUUGGAGCAAGGAGGUACAAGAAAGCCAAAGAAAAAAGAGAAAAUAGUGCUGUUACCAUACAGUCAGCUUGGAGAGGAUAUGAAGCUCGCAGGAAGUACAAGGAAAUAAGGAACAGAAGAAAUAAUGCUGCUAUACAUAUUCAAGCAGCUUUCAGGGGAUAUAUUGUUCGUAAAAACUAUCCAAGACUGAAGAAGAGCACUGGCUGUGUAGCAGAUUCUCAGCAUAUGAGCAGCUGCUCUACUUCUGAUGUUGACUGUGAAGAGCACUGGCCGCAAACAAGUAACCAGUCUUCUCCUGCCGUGCCUGAUUUUCUUGACAAACAAACAAAAAAGAAGGAUUGGGAUGAGAUUUCUGCUUCUUCCUUUACUGUAAAAAAUACGUUAAAGAUGAGUGAUUCACAAUUAAUUAGCCAAUCUCAGUCAAUCACAGACCAUCAAUCAAGUCCCUUGAGACACUCUAAAAAAGGAGGUAAGGAAAACAGAGAACAAUAAUCAUUCAUUUACUGUUUAUAAGCUGCACAUUAUCAGCAUGUGACUUGCUUUAUAUACUCAUUAACAAUCCAUUGGAAGCCAGGAAAUAUAAAGGAACCAACUUUCUUCUACAUAUUUUCAAACUGGAAUUUUUUAAGAACUCUCAACUACCUGAGUUACAGAGGAGAGAUAUAGAGAUUUCUGUAAAAUAAUUUCUAUUGAAAACAUGGCUAAUAAUCCUAAAAUACCUUUCAAGAGUUUUAGCUUUUCUCUGCCUUCCAGCUUCACAAGUGGUAGACAGUGAUGAAAUCUCUCAUGUUUGACAGAACGAAAGACAACAUGUUUGUUUAUACUCAUCGUGAUUUAGUCAGGAACAUCUAUAAUAAUUCCAAAAUCUAUGCAAUCUGGUUUCUAUUUCAUUUGCUUAUAUAUUAUUUUUGCCAUGGUCACUAAUAGUUUAAGAACUUGAAAUAAAGCAUUAUGACAGUUGUUGAGUUUUAAUCA